AUGAUACUAUAUCGUCUCGGCGUAGGGGACAACCGUAGUCCAUUGGUCCCACCGAAGCCACUCCCUAAACGCGAUUCAGUCUUCACUACAGGCUCAGGAGAUUCCGUUUUCUCACUUUCGUACGACAGCAAGUACCCUUCUGGUGCUUGGAAUACACGUGGUGCUCUCGUACCCUAUGCCUACGACCCAUCCCUUGACGAGCCAGAUGAGGAUGAUUCCCUUAAUGAUCCUAAUGACGACGCUUUCAAAAGUAGUGUCUUUCCCCUCAGAGGUGUCCUCAACGUUUCGGUGCUCUUCCUCCUCAUUUUGGCCCUCCUCUGUCUCUUCAUCAUCUACCCGGUUGUCAGUUAUUUUCACGAUCGCGCCCAGAAAGAUGCGAUUGCAGGCAACGCGCUCGUCAAUGGAACCGGCCAGAUCCCGUUUCUAUUCCAAAUGGCACAGCUCAUCGAUCCUGAUACGCCCAGUAGUGCUGCGACGCGGACAGGCUUUGAUGGCCUCCCUUAUGAGCUAGUCUUCUCGGAUGAAUUCAACACACCCAACCGCACUUUCUGGCCUGGGGAUGAUCCUUUUUGGGAAGCCGCAAACAUCUGGUACUGGAGUACCGACGAUCAGGAGUGGUAUGACCCCGCCCAGAUAACAACAAGCAAUGGGUACCUGAGCAUCGUCAUGGACCAGAUCCCCGAGAAUGGCUUGCCUUACCGGAGUGGCAUGCUCCAGAGCUGGAACAAGUUUUGUUUUACGGGCGGCUAUAUCGAGGUGUCAAUCAGUUUACCAGGGCCGAAUCAGGAGACACAGGGUUAUUGGCCGGGUGCAUGGACGAUGGGUAACCUUGCACGUCCGGGAUACGGCGCAACUACAGACGGCGUUUGGCCUUACUCCUAUGACUCCUGUGAUGUUGGCACAUUCCCGAACCAGACAGAGCCAGAUGGUUCUGGACCAGCCGCUGCUCUCCAGUCAAACGCCUCGAAGGCCAAGUACAAUUAUGAGCUAUCAUGGCUGUCGGGACAGCGCCUCUCGUCAUGCACCUGCCCAGGAGGAGAUCAUCCCGGGCCAUCCGUGAAUGUCGGCCGUGGUGCCCCUGAAAUCGAUAUUCUCGAGGUCGAGCAUAAUAAGUUGGGCUCGGGACAGGUCGUCUCGCAGUCCGCCCAGUUUGCGCCCUUCUCGCACGAUUACAUCUAUCUCAAUGACACCCAGGAUGAGUGGUUUGUCAACACGCCUGAUAUCACAAAUGCAAAUAGUUAUCGAGGGAGUGCAGUUCAACAAGCAGUAUCUGCCUUAACACUUCUUCCUGAUGACAUUUUCCAAGAAUCUGGCGCGCAGUUCACGACUUUUGGCUUCGAGUAUUGGUCGGAUCCCUUGAAUCCUUCAGAUGGGUAUAUCACAUGGCAAACCGCCGGCGUCGAGUCCGCGCGUGUUGGUGCCGCAGCACUUGGUCCCGAUCCGUUGCCAGAUGGCACAGGCAUAUCGCAGCGACUGAUCUCUGUAGAACCAAUGUCCAUCAUCCUCAACUUGGGUAUAUCACCGGAUUGGCAGACGAUUGAUCUAAGCACGAUGAUCUUCCCUGCUGAGAUGCUUGUUGACUACGUUCGUGUGUACCAGCGGAAAGGGCAGACAAAUGUUGGGUGCAGUCCCACAGACUACCCUACGGAAGACUAUAUCAACCGGCAUAUGGAUUCGUACAUGAAUCCCAACCUUACGUUGUGGAAUUAUCCAAAACCGCAAAACAGCUUGGUGCGUCGUCCUCGCGUGUUGACCGAUGUGGCGGCUCACCUUCCCGAUUUAUAG